AUCAUUCCAUCAUUUAGUUUAAAGGCGUCACUUGUCCGCAUCGCGUACUUCGCGCGCUCGUUUUUCCUUCUUCGCGCCUAAAUUUGACAGUUCUUAUUUUUUUUCCUCAACUGACAGUUCUUGUGACAUUGUAAUUUUUUAUAUUCAAGCACUUUUUUGGUUUUUUAAUUAAUCGGCCAUGGAUGUAUUGAAUAAGAUAAGAAGUCAUCAGCGUACACCGUCAGGGUCUCGAGACUUCAAAGAAGCGACCAAGCGCGAUGCCCUCGCCAGGCUGGAGGUGGAGCUGGAUCGACUGCUGGCAGCUCUACCAGAGGUGAAGAAGACCCUCGUGGAAAAGGAGUUCCGAGGGUUCAAGAACCUCUUUCGCAGAUUCUUGGCUGAACAGGGACCUUCGGUGACAUGGGAGAAGAUCCAGAAGCUUCCAGAACACGCAGUCAUAGACUACUCGACUCUAGAGACGCCCACCACAGACAACGUCCACCACAUGCUCGACAAACUGGUCGUGGUAAAACUGAACGGCGGUCUUGGCACGUCUAUGGGGUGUAAGGGACCCAAGUCUGUCAUACAAGUGCGGAAUGAACUGACUUUCCUCGACUUAACUGUACAGCAAAUUGAGCACCUGAACAAAACGUACAAAUGCAACGUGCCACUGGUCCUCAUGAACUCAUUCAACACGGACGAAGACACGCAGAAAGUCAUCCGCAAAUACAAAGGGUUGAAACUAGAUAUCCACACAUUCAACCAGUCCUGCCAUCCGCGAAUCAACAGGGAAUCCUUGCUGCCCAUUGCCAAGAACCCUGACGUACACGCUGAUAUUGAGGCAUGGUACCCACCAGGUCACGGCGACUUCUACGAAUCCUUCAACAACUCGGGUCUCCUUCAAAAAUUCAUCAAAGAAGGCAGAAAAUACUGCUUCAUAAGCAACAUCGAUAAUCUGGGAGCAACCGUCGACCUGAACAUCCUCAAUCUCCUGCUGAACCCUGAGCAAAAAGCUGGCUCAGAAUUUGUUAUGGAGGUCACUGAUAAAACCAGGGCGGAUGUCAAAGGAGGAACUUUGAUCCAGUACGAGGAUAAAUUGAGGUUACUCGAAAUCGCUCAGGUUCCCAAAGAACAUGUGGAUGAUUUCAAAUCUGUCAGCCAAUUCAAGUUCUUCAACACAAAUAACUUGUGGGCAAAAUUAGAGGCGAUCCAACGGGUUGUUGAACAGGGAUCUUUGAAUAUGGAGAUUAUAGUUAACAAUAAAAGUUUAGCGGAUGGUGUUAAUGUUAUUCAGUUGGAGACUGCAGUGGGAGCAGCCAUGAAAUGUUUUGAGGGAGGGAUAGGUGUUAAUGUACCCAGAAGUAGAUUCUUGCCAGUGAAAAAGACUUCCGAUUUGUUGCUUGUAAUGUCGAAUUUGUACAGUUUAUCUCAUGGUUCGCUAGUAAUGUCUCCCCAAAGGAUGUUUCCUUCAACUCCGUUAGUCAAAUUGGGGGAUAACCAUUUCGCAAUCGUGAAGGAGUUUUUGAAUCGGUUCGCGACUGUACCAGACCUGAUAGAGUUGGAUCAUUUGACGGUAUCUGGUGAUGUCACGUUUGGCAGAAGAGUUUGUUUGAAGGGUACCGUGAUCAUAAUAGCGAACCACGGCGACCGUAUCGACAUACCUUCGGGUGCGGUGCUUGAAAACAAGAUAGUUUCCGGAAACUUGCGUAUUCUAGACCACUAAAGCCCACUACAGCUGCUGGCGGCUUUACAUCGCCGUGAAAAAGCCGGCGACCUUCGAAUAUAUCUAAAUAAUAACAUGGCCUGGCUUUAGCUGUUGGCUUUUAUCCUCUCUUUACGUCACAAGUGUUAGAAUAAGUCCGAACUAAUAAUUUUGAAUGGAUUUUGUAGGCCAAUAAAUUCCACCUACAAAAUCUAUUGAAAAUAUUAAAAAAAUAGGUACUGGAUCAUAAUAAUGUAUUUCUAGGUAAAGUCUGAUCUACACCUGCGCACACGCACGAACCGUCCACACAACAUGGUUAAAACUGGUUUUUUAAAUAAAAAACAUGUAUAAAACUUGUUUUAAACAUUUGUUUAAAACAAUGUCAACCCUGGUUUAUAGUUUUAUACUGACUUGUGCAACUCAUUUUACCUGUGAGAUAAAGUUUAAAGUAACCGUUACUUGGACGGCUUGUCAUUCAACUAACCAAAAUAAGUUAAAUAUCGAGCGACUAUUUAAAUCGAUAUAUGUGCGCUUAGCUUUUGAGUUGAAUAGGCAUAUUGUUAUUUAAUUUUAUUAACGUUGUAAGCACUGACCUCUACUAAUACAAGUACGCUGGAUCUGCGAUUGCCGGCCUGCAUUCUCGAAACUAAAUGCUAGUGAUGACAUCUGUCAACAAAAUGUCAAAGUAUAAUCUUGAAUUGCCAGUACACUCGGUGGAGCAAUUCGAAUCGGCACAAGAAAUUACAGUAUUUACCACUUAGAUGAGUUAUGCCGAUGUCUUAUUUUCAAUUGAGCGAAAAUAUCUCAGGCGAUCAUAGCGCGCGUCCGUCCACUAUUGGUAUUGCCAACGCGCCAUGUUUUGUAUGGACGAAAUAUAAGAGAAAUAGCACGAGUCUCUUUUAUUCUUGUGUCUAAAAUGUUAACGUCAAGUAAUAAAAAAAGGUCUAAAUCAUAAAGGUAUGCAUUUCAUUGGUGUAAAUUCGGUUUUAGUCUGCGUUAGGUUGCGCUUUUAUACUAACGAAAUAUGUCGAUGCGACUUUUAAAAGUGGUAGUACGUCAUCUUGUAUGGCACACCUUUUCUAGCGUACUUGUAUAUGUUCAUAUCUGUGGUUGUAAGGUUAUAAUAAUAGUUUAGUAUAGUUUGUGGAUUACUUUAGAAUAAAUAGGUUUAAGUAAAAUAAUGUGAAAAAUGUUGUCCCCAAAGCACAAAAUAGCAGCUUAUAAUAUUUUGUUUUAGUCUUUUUUAGUAAAUGUUUAAGUUAUUUUAUGAAGAAUAUCUUUUUAUACGUUUUAUUCUUAGUUUCGUGCCAUUUAACGUUUUAUUUUUGGAAUUUUAUUUAGUAUUUACGAUUUUCGUGCAAUUUUCGAGUAGAUGCCAAAAUUAGGAUAAGUAUCAAAAUCCAUAAAAUACAUAGGCAUAAUACUUGCCAUAUUUCCAUAUUGAUGUUAUGUCAAACUUGUACUUACUUAUUUGAGAUAGAAAUCAAUAAGAAGAUUAGAAUAAAGAAUUAUAGUUCUGCUUAUUUUUAGUGUCAUUUUUAAAAUGUUUGUUGGAAUAGAAAGUUAUUCUUAGAAAAAAAACUGAAACGUAAGUCAAUGUUGGUGUCAAUAGUUUAAGUUAUGAAAGGGAUCCAUUGAUGAUGGUUUUCAAAACAAUUUUAUAUUUAUAAUUUACCUAAAUAUGCUUGAGCCAUUUGGCUCAAAUGGCUCAAAAUGGCUAGAACCCAAAGCCGUAAAAUCAGUU